ACCCUGUCCUCAUCCACCCACCCACCCCCACCGUAACGCCUGCCUCCCAGCUGCGUCCGCCGCUGUCCUGUCUGGCCGCCCGGUGUCUGCUCCUCUCUCUGCCCCGCUCCGCUCCGCUCCCACCCCGGACCCGAAGCCUCUGCCUCCUCGUUUACCACCCCCGGCUCCUGGACCUCUCUGAAACCCAGUGAAUGCACCAGCACCAAAAACAUGACGGGCAUCGCCGCUGCUUCUUUCUUCUCUAAUUCUUGCAGGUUCGGAGGCUGCGGUCUCCAGUUCGAGUCUCUCGCCGAGCUCAUCGUCCACAUCGAGGACAAUCACAUCGACACAGAUCCGCGGGUUCUGGAGAAGCAGGAGCAACAGCAGCCCACUUACCUCGCCCUGAGCUACAUUAACAGGUUCAUGACGGAUGCAGCACGCCGGGAACAGGAAACCAUGAAGAAGAAGGCCACACCCAAGCUGUCCCUGUCCAUCACGGGUGGAAUGUCCAGGAACAGCACGGCCACACCUCCCCGCCACACCAGCGGUAACCUGACGCCUCCCGUCACGCCCCCCAUCACCCCUUCCUCCUCAUUCCGCAGCAGCACACCCACAGGCAGCGAGUAUGAUGAGGAGGAGGUAGACUACGAGGAGUCGGACAGCGAUGAGUCGUGGACCACAGAAAGCGCCAUCAGCUCUGAGUCUAUCCUGAGUUCCAUGUGCAUGAAUGGGGGAGAGGAGAAGCCGUUCGCCUGCCCCGUCCCCGGGUGUAAGAAGAGAUAUAAGAAUGUAAAUGGAAUCAAAUACCACGCCAAGAACGGCCACCGAACGCAGAUCCGCGUGAGGAAACCCUUCAAAUGUCGCUGUGGCAAGAGCUACAAGACCUCGCAGGGGCUGAGACACCACACCAUCAACUUCCAUCCGCCCGUCUCCACCGAGAUCCUGCGCAAGAUUCAAGGCUAAAGCUGGUGGCCACACCCGUCAACAACCCAAGCCCUGUCCCGGUCCCGACUUUUCCUUCCCCAACCUACACACUAAAGGAUCAAGUGCAUGCUUUAAGUUUUUGUUUGUUUGUUUUUUUUUUUUUUUUUUGUUUGUUUGUUUGUUUUUUUUUGUCACCAUUUAAUUUGUUACAUUUUUUUUCUAUCUAUAUCACUUGUAUUUUUUAAAAUAUGUAUCUUUGUAGUAUUUCUAUUGAUGUACAUUUGCACAUUUCAUUUAUGCUAUCAUUUUUAUGCUAUUUUUUUUCUAUUGUUUCACUUAUAACAUAAGGUGCUAACUGUAAAAAACAACAGAAAGAAAAGACAAAAAAAAACAAAUGAUAUAAAAGAAGAAAGGAGAAACAUAAAAAAAAAGAUGUGAAACAGGAAAUCCAAACAACUUCUGCCGUUUUCCUGCUCAUCCCUGAGCCGGAAGAAGUUGGCUUCUAGUGCUGAUAUGAGAUCAGUAGUUUUUACACUCCCUGUCUGCUGGCUGUAGAGUCCGGCUGAGCUUAGGUCUGUGCCUUCAUGGUCACUUCUGGGAGUAAAAGCAAGAGUUAAGUUAUACUUUUAACAGAUAUAUUGAUAUAUAAACAAUAGAUAUGUAUGUGUACAUAAAAAAUAUAAAAGUAUUCAUGAGCAUAUUCAUAGUUACACUUUAUUUUCAAGCUUUAUUUUAUAUAUUUCUGUCAGUGUUGUAGAUUUAGUGUUUUGUAUGUAUCGUUACGUGUUUUUUCCAUUCCUUCUUUGCUGAGACAGCCAGUUUUGUGGUUUAAAAACAGCUGGCUGAUUUUAGAGUUGGAAAGUUGAGAUAUUUUUACAAAUCCAAUACUCCUUUCCAUUUGAUACACUCUGAAUUGUGUGCGGUAUUUCACUGUUGAUCAGGAAGAGAACGCAGCCUGUUUCCUAAACUUCUCAUUCCCGGAGUCAUCCAUGUUUCCUCAUUCAGAGUGCCAGAGCUGUGCUCCACAGACUUAGCCGCUAACGUGGCCUAAGCAUCAUAUUGCGGUUGCCAAUGUCUUUGUUGCUAUGUUUUUUUUCCAUGAUCGUUGCCAACAGCUCUCCACUGCCAAACAUUGACCAUACCAUGUGCCUGAUGGGAGGGGUGGGAUGGGUGGGGGUUUAUCAUGAUGGUUUCACUGUGGAAGCCGUCAAACGUGUGGCAAUGAUUUUCUUGUUUAUCGCGCCUCCAAAAUGCACACAGAUGUACGUGAGCAGAAUGUUUUCAUGCAUGCUUUUUUGAAGAUGAGGUUGCAUUCAUAUUUAAAGGAGAUUACCAUCUACAACUUGUCAUUUGUGUGUUGUAGACAGCAGCAUUCCAGUCCAUUAUGUGUAUGUGUACGUUUCAGCUACAUCCAAGUCAUCAGCCUUGAGAGUAUUACUGUAUCUGUGUGUUUCAGUACUGGGAUGUGUCAUGGUUCUGUGCCAGGCUGACUGGGAUUUCAUCAUCCACUUGGGGAGAGUGGUGCUAUCACUUUUGUUCAUGGCAUCAAUUUUUUUUCCCCUCUCAUGCAGUUUAGAUUCAGCUGCAGAGCCUUCGUUUGAUGGAUACACUGACCUUCAACAUGCACGCAUCCUCCUCUCCUCCAGUUUAUUUUUGGGUUUGCACUGCAAAGUUUCCACAAAUUUAAUUAAUCAUUUAAGACGUCAAUGCAUCUAUCUAGCGUGCUGCUGAACAAACCAGCACAAAUGUGGCUUCAAAGAUGCUCCAAGUCUAAUCUGUAGUUCCAGUUUCAGUGUCCAGAUUAACCCUGGAUAAUAAUAGAAGAAGCCUUCAGGCAUAGGGGAGGUCUUUCUCAGCAGGGACAGACAGUCAAGCUGUCAAACACUCGUAAAACCAACCUUUGCUUCACAGACACCACCAUCACCAUGGCGAUGCUAUUCAUGAGGGUUGUCUGCAGCAUUAACACAAAUGGGAGAAGCGGAGCAGAGGCUGUGUGCAGAAGGAGGGGAUGAGGGAGGGUUUCAGUCAGUAUACCAUGUACAGUGAAUGUAUUUUAAUGUGUGUUUGUUGUCAAGUGCUUUUAAAUUAUAUUUUCGUAUGUAACGUGCAGACCAGCGUUUCCCUCUUUUUAUGGGGUUUCAACAGGUUCUGAGAUGAGUGACUUGUAAAUGAUGUCAAACUGUCUUUCUAUAUAAAAGAAGAGCUGCUUAUAUGUAAACAGCAAAAUAAAGUAAAAAAAAUCUGCAGCACUUAAUUUUUUCCCUCCCAAUGCAACCCAAAUGAGAUACAAAGCAGUGAAAAUCAUUUAGACAAGCUUAAU